CGUGACUCUGUAUCCGUUGGCCAAUUGCUUAUGUCACAAUAUUGGGCAACAACUGCCCAUUAUUCUACUGGAAUAUUUUUUCAUUCCUUUUACUCUCUGCUUGUAUUUCAGGCUUUUUAUGUAGCACAUAAAAGAAGCAAAGGAUGACCGCCAUGUUUUUGUACUUUUAAGCCUAAUUUGGACCCCCAAAAGCACAAAUGUCUGUUCAAGGCGGCUUUGGCGUCCUGAAUGCCGAACAACUGGAGAAACUGCGCCAGUUCAAAAUCCAGACGAGGAUCGAUAAUGAGCAUUAUCUGAUGGCUCAUCCCGAGGUGGAGGUCAUGGUUGAAGAUUUUCUCAGGUUUGAUCAUUUCGUUUUUUCUACAGUAUGUGUGUCUGCUAAAAUAACCACAAGAGAUUUGUUUUUCAGAGAAGUGCUUCUUAAAAAGCCCACUCGCAUUCGUGCGUUUGCUGCUGAGCAUUUCACCAACCCCGAUCUUCACAUUGGUAUUAAUGCUAAAAUGGCGACCAUCAAUAUCGAUGCAUAACAGGCUGGUUACUCAUUUAGAUUUUUUUUUUUUUAAUUCUUGGUGUAAGUUUGAAGGACGGAAAUAAAGAUGACAAAUGAAUCAUG